AUGCCCGCUUUCCAGGACGGACACAAGGAGACUGAGGUUCCCACCGGAGCUUCGAUCGAGACUGACGUUCUCGUUGUCGGCUCUGGUCCCGCCGGUGGUGCGGCUGCCCUCUUCCUUGCCGAGUUGGGUAUCCCGACCAUUAUGAUCACCAAGUACCGCUUCACUGCCAACACGCCUCGUGCCCACAUCUCCAACCAGCGCACCAUGGAGAUUAUGCGCGACAUGGGCAUCGAAAAGCGCGUCGAGGCCGAUGCCACCGAGCACGCGCUCUGCGGUGACACCGUCUUCGGCACCUCGCUCGUCGGCGAGGAGAUUGGCCGUAUCCUCACUUGGGGUACCCACCCUGCCAGGCAGGCCGACCACACUCUGGCGUCGCCCUCUUCCAUGUGCGACAUUCCCCAGACCUACAUGGAGCCCAUCCUUGUUGAGACUGCCGCCAAGCGCGGGUGCCACAACCGCUUUUCUACCGAAUACCUCUCGCACACGCAAGACGAGAACGGUGUCACUGCCAACGUCCGCGACCGCCUCACUGGACACGUCUACCAGAUCAAGGCCAAGUACAUGAUUGGCGCCGACGGUGCGCGCUCGAUCAUUGCCCAGGAGCUCCAGCUGCCCACUGUUGGAAACAUGGACAUUGCGGGCUCGAUGAACAUCUCCUUCAAGGCCGACCUUGCGCAGUAUGUUGAAACCCGCCCGUCGGUUCUCUACUGGAUCAUCCAGCCUGGCAGCAACAUUGGCGGUAUCGGUGCCGGUGCCGUUCGCAUGGUUCGCCCGUGGAACGAGUGGAUCGUCAUCUACGGUUACGACAUUACAAAGGAGCCUCCCAAGCUUGACGACGACGAGGCGAGGGACAUUGUUCGCAAGCUUGUCGGUAUCCCCGACCUUGACAUUGAAAUCACUGGCAAGUCGCUUUGGGGAAACAACGAGCUCUACGCCACACACUUCCAAAAGGGACGCGUCUUCUGCGCCGGCGACGCUGUCCACCGCCACCCGCCAUCCAACGGCCUGGGCUCGAACACCUCGAUCCAGGACAGCUACAACCUCUGCUGGAAGAUUGCCCAGGUCCUCCGGGGCCAGGCCGACCCGAGCAUCCUCGAGACCUACAGCGUUGAGCGUGCGCCCGUCGCCAAGCAAAUUGUCACUCGUGCCAACAAGUCUGCUCGCGAAUUUGUCCACAUCUUCGAGGCCCUCGGUAUCAAGCCCGGCAUGAACCAAGAGGAGAUCUCCAAGGAGAUUGAGGAGCGCAAGGCCGACACCCCGCGCGGCUGCAAGAAGCGUGCCGACCUCGUCGCCGCGAUGGACAAGAAGAACUACGAGUUCAACGCGCACGGUGUCGAGAUGGGCCAGUUUUACGAGUCGGACGUUGUCGUCUCGGACGGCACGCGCCCCGUCAACGACCGCGACCCCGAGCUCUACUACAAGGCCACGACGUCGCCUGGCGGCCGUCUCCCGCACUGCUGGCUUGGCGCUGGUGAGCGCCACAACAAGUACUCGACGCUCGACCUGGCAAAGUACAACACGUACACGCUCUUCACGGGCACCACGGGCAAGGCCUGGGCCGCUGCGGCCAGCAAGGUCGCCAAGGCAUUCGGCGUUCCGCUCACGUCUGUCGUUGUCGGCCCCGGCCAGGACGCCGAGGACCUCUACUACGACUGGGCCAAGCUCCGCGAGGUCAACGAGGACGGCGCACUCCUGGUUCGCCCCGACAAGCACAUUGCAUGGCGCUCCAUGUCCAUGAGCAAGGACCCAGAGGCCGAGCUCACCGCUGUCAUGGGCAAGAUUCUCGGCAGGAAGUAG